GGAGGUGGACCAUCUCCCUGUGAUGAGAGGCUGCCUUCCCCGCUGCCGCUUCCUCCAGCGCUGCCAGUCGGCUGGACGCCAGCCUGCGGUACACCUGAGAUAGAGAGUGACACAAUAAGAGAACGACACAACGAGAGAGAGAGAUUACCAUGAGGGAGGCGGAUGCACAUGGAGGACAACAUAGCAGCAACAGCAAAGCGAGAGCAUGACUGGAAGAUGAGCUGCCCUCAGGCUGAGUUAGAGGAAAAGGAACACCCUUUGUCCGAGGAGUUAGAGUGUAAAAUCUGCUACCAGCGCUAUAAUGCACACAGUCGCCGACCCAAACUCCUGGACUGCCUCCAUCGGGUAUGUGCCGGCUGCCUGGUCAAGAUCCUGUAUGUCGCUGACGGCGCGGGCUGCAUCUGCUGCCCCUUUUGUCGCCAUCAAACGCAGAUCAGCGAGUACGAGAUAUCGGCCCUGCCCGAUGACACCAACGUCAUGUCCCGAUUAACGCUACAUGACAAAUCCUGGAAAUCUGACCACAACCGAGAGGUGGUCCUCUCUCCGAAGAGCUUCUUCUCCUGCAGCCCGUCCGGCGACUUGUCCAACUGCCUCUUUAUCACCAUCAUGGAAGUCCAGAGGGAGCCCCAACGCUUCCCAAAUCCCAACAGCAGCUCCGACACGGAGGACAAUGUGGACUCGCUUUCGGUGAGUUCCAAUGGGCAGGUGGACCAGGACUCUCUGACCAAGUUCUGCAAUCAUGUCCCACGUAUCUUGGUGUGGCUGCUGGGCUUCUUGUACUUUGGCUCCCUACCACUUGGGAUUUACUUGCUGGUAAUCCAGAGAGUGACUCUUGGCAUCGUGUGCGUCAGUUUGGUGCCAUCCAGUCUGACGGUGUGUCUGGUCUAUGGCUUCUGUCAGUGCUUGUGCCAAGGCAUGUGCAACUGCUACUCCAGGAGAUGA